AUUGGCGGGCCCGGAGGGGCGGGGCAGAGUGCCGGGGGGCCGACAAACCCCUCUCACUGCGGGGAGAGCACGCGCCGCCGCAGUAGCGAGGGUCGAGCCGCUGCGAAGGGAGCGGCUGUCCCCGGCCCGAGCUUCGGAGGCUUCCAGGCCGCGCAGUCUACUGGUUGGUGCUCAGACCCCUGGCGCCGCGGCGGGUCCCACCACGUGUUUUCGGCGGCGACAUGGAGCUGGAGGAGUUGGGGAUCCGAGAGGAAUGUGGCGUGUUUGGGUGCAUCGCCUCAGGAGAGUGGCCCACGCAGCUAGACGUUCCGCAUGUGAUCACUCUGGGACUCGUGGGGCUGCAGCACCGGGGUCAGGAGAGUGCUGGUAUUGUGACCAGUGAUGGAAAUUCGAUACCAACAUUCAAAACACACAAGGGAAUGGGUCUUGUAAAUCACGUAUUUACUGAAGACAAUUUGAAGAAAUUAUAUACUUCAAAUCUUGGAAUUGGACAUACAAGGUAUGCCACUACAGGAAACUGUGAAUUAGAAAAUUGCCAGCCCUUUGUUGUUGAAACACUUCAUGGGAAAAUAGCUGUGGCACAUAAUGGUGAAUUAGUUAAUGCUGCUCGCUUAAGGAAAAAGCUUCUGCGUCAUGGUAUUGGUCUGUCAACAAGUUCUGAUAGUGAAAUGAUCACCCAGCUACUGGCUUAUACCCCUCCUCAGGAACAAGAUGAUACCCCAGACUGGGUAGCAAGGAUUAAAAAUUUAAUGAAAGAAGCACCCACAGCAUACUCUCUGCUUAUAAUGCACAAAGAUGUGAUUUAUGCAGUCCGAGAUCCCUAUGGAAAUCGUCCUCUAUGCAUUGGCCGUCUUAUUCCUAUUUCUGAUAUAAAUGAUAAAGAAAAAAAACCAUCAGAAACAGAAGGAUGGGUGGUGUCUUCAGAAUCUUGUAGCUUUUUAUCUAUCGGUGCAAGAUAUUACCGUGAAGUCUUGCCUGGAGAAAUUGUGGAAAUAUCCAGACAUAAAGUCCAAACUCUUGAUAUUAUACCAAGGUCUGAAGGAAACGCAAUGGCUUUCUGCAUCUUUGAAUAUGUUUAUUUUGCAAGACCAGAUAGUAUAUUUGAAGACCAGAUGGUUUACACAGUAAGAUACCGUUGUGGUCAGCAGCUGGCCAUUGAAGCCCCCGUGGAUGCAGAUUUGGUUAGCACGGUCCCAGAAUCCGCUACACCUGCCGCUCUUGGUUACGCAGCAAAGUGUGGGCUUCCGUACGUGGAGGUGCUGUGUAAAAACCGGUAUGUAGGAAGAACAUUCAUUCAGCCAAACAUGAGGUUAAGACAACUUGGUGUUGCGAAAAAAUUUGGAGUACUGUCAGACAACUUUAAAGGAAAAAGAAUUGUUCUUAUAGACGAUUCAAUUGUGAGAGGCAAUACCAUCUCACCCAUAAUCAAGUUACUCAGAGAAUCUGGUGCAAAAGAGGUACAUAUUCGCGUAGCUUCACCACCAAUUAGAUAUCCAUGCUUCAUGGGAAUAAACAUACCAACAAAAGAAGAGCUUAUUGCCAAUAAGCCAGAAUUUGAGCAUAUUUCAGAUUAUCUAGGAGCAAGCAGUGUUGUGUAUCUGUCAGUAGAAGGACUGGUUUCAUCUGUACAAGAAGGAAUAACGUUGAAAAAAAAGAGAGAGAGAAAGCAAGACAUUAUGGUUCAAGAAAAUGGGAAUGGUCUGGAAUGUUUUGAAAACAAUGGUCAUUGUACAAAGGAAGAUAUUAUGAUUCAAGAAAAUGGGAAUGGUCUGGAAUGUUUUGAAAAGAAUGAUCAUUGUACAGCUUGUCUGACUGGAAAAUACCCUGUGGAAUUGGAAUGGUAGCUGCCAGGGGCAGACAUGGUGUUUCAGGACACAGAAGUUGGUGAAGAAGUUGUAGUGGUUAUACCUCCGUUUACUGUUACUAAGUUGGUACAAUGUGAAAUGCCACAUGCUUGUGUUGUAAGUUAUGAGAUUUUUUUUUUUUCUGAAAAGGAUACGAAUUGCUAUGAUUUAUUCAGUAAUCCUGGAUAAAUACUUUGGUAUUAUCUAGGAAUUUGGAUGAUCCUUUCAGUUUUAUUCAGUACUGUUAUUUUUUAGAGAUCAUGUACAUUUCAGAUCAUCAGCAGUCAUGCAGCAGAUAGGUGAGUUUCUGUUUUAGAGAGGAUUGCCAGGUAUUAUACUCUCACAGGUUCUUAGGAAAUUUUGUGGAAUGUUUAAGAGUUAUUGAAAUUCACUUAUGGAAUAUUUUCAUAGUUGAACAUUGCUAAUUGCAUUUAAUACAACAAUAUGUGUUUUGUUUUGUUUUUUCACUCAAGCAUUAGUUAGCUUGGUUAGAGAAGACACGUGGUUAAGUGUCAUUUGCCAGGUCCAUGCUUUAAAGAGUUUGCAAGAGGUUAGACUAAGGUGGUGUGAUGCAAACAGGACAUGUGACUUCAUUGUUCAUUAUAUAUCAUACAAUUCAAUACAUCAGAUUCAAUUAAAUUUGAAUCCAUUAUACCCCAAAGUUAUCUAUCACUAGCGUUCUCUUUAAAAAAAAAAAAUACCUUUUGUGCCUCACUUUCCUCACCUGUGUGAUGAGGUGUUUAUAUUAUUAAAUUCAAUAACUAGCUGUUAUUUUGGUGGUUAGAGCCAUCAUUCCACCUCCCAAUUUUAAGACAGUGAAUUAGCUUUUGAAAUGUUGGCUAUUGGUCUGCAGUCAAGAUUUCAAAAGGGAGACAUACAGCAGUGAUCUGCCACUUAGCUUUGAAAUGCCCUGAUGGUAAAAAGAUGUCUGUGCAAAAAAAUUUUCAUACAUUUGACUAGCAAGUGUUAAUAUGAUCCAUACUACUUAGUGACCUUAUGGUAGAAGCACAGGAAGUAACCUAGUACAGUUGAAGUAAAAGAUAAGUUUUUUUAGAUUCUAACAAACGUUUUAUCCUUCCUUGGAUUAUAUGCCUUUCAGUGAAGUGCUUGAUCACUUGCAAACAUGUGUAUGCGAUGAGACGAUCAAGUAGAGACACUGCAGGGGCCGAUUUCAAGGAACAAGGAGACAACAACCUUUUCCAGUCAGUGUCCGCAUCUAAUUCCAAGCAUUAAUUCAUUAAUUUACCACUUGCUCUACUUUAUUGAGAUCUAAUGGAUUAGAUUUUUUUAAGUCUUUUUGUUUUCUUUUUUAAUUGUUUGUUAACAUCUGAGGUGACUUGCCUUCAGUCCUUGCUUAUGUAAGAUUUUUAAAACAUAAAAGUUUUUUGGUGCAUUACCUUGAUGUGGUGUAGUGUCCAAAUCUGCCUAGAAUUAUAAUAUUUAUUAAUAACCAUAGUCUUUUUCUCUUCGUUCAGUAUUUAGUCUCAUAUGCUGUGUCAUGGCAGGCCAGGAGAAACUGUUGACCGCUCUUUAAGCCCAUAUGCGGCAGGCAGCAGUGGUCACAUAACCCUGUGGGGACACAGCAAACAGCAUUUGAAUAUCGCCCUGGGACCAUUUGUGCAUGUAGCCUCUGGUCUUAAAUGUAUUCUUUGUGGCACCAUGGAGGAGGUGAGACCCUUGGGUCGCUUUUGAACUAGCCUUACUUACAUUUUUUACAUUUGAUUUUUUUAAAUAAAACAAGAGACUCAGGGAAAGUACUAAACCAAAAUCUCUGAUUUGACGUCUGUGUUUUCCAUAGUUUUGGUUUUAUUGAGGUGUUUUUAGAAAAGAAAAUGGUACUGUGACACUUUAGUAAUUGUACAGAUUUCUGACUCUUUCUCCACCAUGACCUUUUAUUUCACAAGUUUCUGAAAUGCGAAUUACAGUUUUAUAUCAGUGUAAUCUCAAAUGUUGUUUAGCUGCUUUAAAUUUAUAUAGGUAUGGUAAGCUGCAGAGAAAAUGAGAAAUACGUUUUCAUGGAAUCUAUAUUGUGAACUAAACUAAGCCUACUUUUUGUGACUUCCUUGUGAUGCAUUGGUGACAAAUACAUGUAGUAAGUACAUUUAAAUAUGUGCGUGUACUUUUUCUAAAUAGAGAUUUUUAGGUAGUGCCUCAUGGUGAACAGCACAGUGACAAUCAUACCCAGGAUCCAUUCUUGGCAUCACCUAGUUAUACCUUACUUCUCUGAUUCAGGCAUUUCAAUAAUAGGACAUCUCUUAUGAACCAGGCAAACUGUUGAUGGAGUAGGAGGGAUGAAUAAAGUAAUUAGAAACGCAGUGCUAAGUAAGCACUACAAUAGUGGCCAAGUUCUGGGAAACACUAGCAAGAAUAGGGAAGGUGUCACAGAAGAGGAGGCUUAGAUUUUCAAACUGUGUGUGUUGUUGGGAUGGAGUACUCUUUAAAAUAAAAAUAAAGUAGAUAAAUGAACAAACUGUGGUACAUCCAGACAAUAGAAUAUUAUUUGGUCCUAAAAAGAAAUGCACUGUCAAGCCAUGAAAAGACAUGGAGUGAACUUAAAUGGCUAUGACUAAGUGAAAGAUGCCUGUCUGAAAAGAGCACAUACUCUAUGAGUCCACCUAUAUGACAUUCUGGAGAAGGCAAAACUGUGGAGACAAUGAAAAGAUCAGUGGUUGCCAGAGUUGGUGGGGAGAGAGGGAGGAAUAGGUGAAGCACAGGGGAAGUUUUUAGGACAGUCAGACUAUUUUCUGUAUUACUGUGAUGGUGAAAAAACAUCACUAUAUAUUUGUCCAAACCUAUAGAAUAUAUCGGGUUCUCAUAUAUUACUUUACUUUGCCAAUAAAGGUCCAUCAAGUCAAAGCUAUGGUUUUUCCAGUAGACACGUAUGGCUGUGAGAGUUGGACUAUAAAGAAAGCUGAGCGCCAAAGAAUUGAUGCUUUUGAACUGUGGUGUUGGAGAAGACUCUUGAGAGUCCCUUGGACUGCAAGGAGAUCCAACCAGUCCAUCCUAAAGGAAAUCAGUCCUGGGUGUUCUUUGGAAGGACUGAUGCUGAAGCUGAAAUUCCAAUACUUUGGCCACCUGAUACGAAGAGCUGACUCAUUUGAAAAGACCCUGAUGCUGAGAAAGAUCAAAGGCAGGAGGAGAAGGGGACGACAGAGGAUGAGAUGGUUGGAUGGCAUCACCGACUCAAUGGGCAUGAGUUUGGGUAAAUUCCGGGAGUUUGUGAUGGACAGGGAAGCCUGGCGUGCUGCAGUCCAUGGGGUCACAAAGAGUCGGACAUGACUGAGUGACUGAACUGAACUGAAUAGAGUAUAUGACACCAAGAAUGAUCCCUAAUGUAGACUAGAAAAUUUGGGUGAUAAUGAUGUAUCAGUGUGGGUUCAUCAUCUGUAACAAAUGGACCACUCAGGGUAGGGGCGGAAAUUGAUAACAGUGAAGUUUAUUAUAUGUGGGGGUAGUGGGCGUAUGGGGGGGCUUCUCUGGUAGCUCAGCUGGUAAAGAAUCCACCUGUAAUGCAGGAGACCCCUGGGUUUGAUCCCUGGGCAGAUCCCCUGGAGGAGGGCAUGGCAAUCCACUCCAGUAUUCUUGCAUGGAGAAUCCCUAUAGACAGAGGAGCCUGGCGGGCUACAGCCCGUGGAGUUGCAAAGAGUUGGAUACGACUAAGCACAGCACAGGGGGCAUAUGGGAACUCUGUGCCUUCUGCUCAGUUUUGCUGUGAACCUAAUACUGCUUUAAAAACAGUCUGUGUAAAAAUAAAGAUACCAGGGGACUUAUCAGUCUUCAGUGGUUAAGACUCCGAGCUCCCACUGCAGCAGGCACAGGUUUAAUCCCUGGCCAGGAAAUGUGAUCCCACAUGCCUUACAGCAUGGCCAAAAAAAAAAAAAAAAAAAACCACAAAAUAAAAAUAAAGACACCAGGGUCCUACCUCUAAAAAACAAAAACAAUAAAAAUACAUGCAUAUAGUUAAAGUGAAGAAAGCAGAGGCCAUCUCCAGUCUUCUGUAGUGCUUCCCCAAUUUAAAUAUUUUUUUCUGUAUGUUUUAAAUAAUUAGCUCAUACUACUUCUCACUGUACCAAUUUUAGAUAUUAUCUCUACUGCCCUGGAAUCUAGCAAAGUGUGCUUUGACAGACUUAAUCCACUUAAUCAUAAUAAUAUCAUUGCCUCUCAGAAUCUUGCCCUAGAGCAUCGGGUGAGUUUCUCAUGCCUUUCUUUGGGUUUCAAGUAGGUAUAGUCAACUUCUCUAAGGAAAACGGCCCUCAUGUUGAUCAAAGAGAAAAUCCAGACCCCUCAACAGCAGAACUGCACAGACAGUUCAGAGUAAACAGCAACAUGCAAUGUAAGCUUGUUUUUGUGUGCAGAAAUUUUCUUCUCAGGUAGCUCAGUUGUUGGAUGGCAGGAAUCGAUUCUUUUAACUGUUUUGGAAUUUCUCACUGCACUAUGUCAAACAGAAAAUGAUGACACAAAGGAGGCCCAGGUUGGUCCUUGCACCCUUCCUCAAUCAUGGAAAAUUGGCUUCACUGAUGGAUAUGUUAGAUGUGAUGGUUAAUGUUAUGUUUGGCUAGGCUCUGGUGCCAAGUUGUUUGUUGAAACACCUGUCUAGGUAUUUUUUAGAUGUAAUAAACAUUUAAAUCAGUAAACUGAGUAAAGCAGAUUGCAGAUUUUUAGUGUGGGUGGGCCUCAUCCAGUCAGUUGAGGCCGUAAGAACAGACUGCAGUUUCCUGAAUUGGAAUUCUUGGGCCUGCACCCUAGAAACCCUGCCAGUUUCCAAGCUGUUUCAGGGCUGCAACAUCAACUGUUAACCUGAAUUUCUGGCCUGCCCUAGGUUUCAGACUUGCCAGCCCCCACAAUUCUUUGAGCCUGUUUCUUAACCUCCAUUUACUCCAUUGGGUUCUGUUUCUCUAGAGAACUCUAGUGGGCUCACUCUUGCAAACAGCCUGACUUCCCUCAUCCUUCUAGUUUUUUCAGUCACCAGGCAAAUGUGCCGAGCCUGAGUGAACUCAACCACCCGUCAAUCUUUCCUCUGCCUUCGACUGGGCAGCUGCGCUCCCUUAGAGUAAAUCACACAACACAGUCCCAACCAUGUCAUGGGCUACAGGAGCACCUAACAGUGACCUGACCUUGUCUCAGGGAAGGACCAAGGACUGUGGAAGUUACUUUUGAAAUAAUUUUUAUUUUCAGAAGAAACAGUGACAUUGACAGCUGAGAGAUGAGUUGGGAAGUAGGUGAAGAGAAGCAGUGAAAUGAGAAUGUACCAAUACAUGUGCAAAGGAUCAGCAAAAUACUGGGGUAUGUAUUUGAUUAUUGGGAAUGGGAGCCAUGUAAUAGAGAAGAAUAGAUACUCAGGAAACAGGUGCAAAACACAUGAGUCUCUGCUGUCAGGAGGGAUUAAAUUAGGUCAGACUUGGAAACAAUGCAGCUGCUAUAGAUUCUAUGACAAGUGUUAAGUCACAGUCUGGGAACGGUCUAGGCUUGUGCCCCGACUGAGCGACUUCACUCUGACUUUUCACUUUGAUGCGUUGGAGAAGGAAAUGGCAACCCACUCCAGUGUUCUUGCCUGGAGAAUCCCAGGGACGGGGGAGCCUGGUGGGCUGCCGUCUACAGGGUCACACAGAGUCAGACACGACUGAAGAGACUUAGCAGCAGCAGGCUUGUGCCCUAUUUAAAAGCUAAGAAGGUAACCUGUUACUGUUUCUUGGCAGUGCACAUGAGGUUCCUGGGUCAAAGACUAGAGAAUUUCAUUACUCGUGGCCACAGCAUCCUGUUUGAUGGCUCUCCAAGCCUCCAAAGUGCCCCUGGGUGCCGGAGGUAGACAUAAAUGGAUGUCUGCACACAAAGUGGGUGGUGGUACAGGAAAGGAGUACUAAGUUUGAGGGGAUUCAUUCCUUUUACAAUAAGUGGAAGCAAGCCUGCUACUUGGGGAAGACAUUACCUCAGCUCUGAAGAUGGAUUACUCUGCAGCCUGUGCCUUAUGGUCUUUGCAUACUUAGUCAGAAUUUGCAGGGACACUCAGGGUCCAUGGCCAAUUGCUCCCAGCAGUAUGCUAGGUUCAUGGGAUGGGGGUUGUAGGAGGAUAGCUAAAUUCUCAUACAAAGUUUGAAGAAAGGCAAUGCUGAAGCUGUUUGCAUAAGAGGAGUAACUGUUCAUCGAGCCAGUGGGGGAGAAAAAGGGUUUUUAGCCUGUGACCCAGCCAAGCACAGGUGUGGGAACUGGAUAAGGGUUUGGCAGGCUCAGAAGACUUACUAGGGUCGUCUUACAGCUGGAUCUGAUAGUACCAGGUGUGGGGACUGUGGAGCGUGGGGUGAAGAAGCAGUGGUCAAUUGUGAGAGUUUAGGCUAGAAAGAUAAUGAACUAUCUCACUUGCCUUACUAGAGUCUGAAUGCCAUGUAGGCAAUGAGAGACCCCUGAAGCGUCUUCAGAAUGCUGUGCCUGCUCUGAUGUGUGCUUUAGAGUGAUCACUCUAGAUCACCAGGUAAAAAUGGCAUCUUGAACAGAGUCUUCUACAUUUGCUUCCUCUUACACCUCCUGAAAAUGACAGUAAAGGGAUUUUUUUAGGGUCACAAACUCAAGGAUAGAUGGUGAUAAUAAAAUUCUGAAACCAAAAACAAAGGGCUCAGAUGAUUUGGAAAAGCUCAGAUAUGCAGAUGACACCACCCUUUUGGCAGGAAGUAAGAAGAACUAAAGAGCCUCUUGAUGAAAGUGAAAGAGGAGAGUGAAAAAGUUGGCUUAAAGCUCAACAUUCAGAAAACUAAGAUCAUGGCAUCUGGUCCCAUCACUUCAUGGCAAAUACAUGGGGAAACAGUGGAAACAGUGUCAGACUUUAUUUUUCUGGGCUCCAAAAUCACUGCAGAUGGUGACUGCAGCCAUGAAAUUAAAAGACGCUUACUCCUUGGAAGGAAAGUUAUGACCAAACUAGACAGCAUGUUAAAAAGCAAAGGCAUUACUUUGCCAACAAAGGUCCGUCAGUCAAGGCCAUGGUUUUUCCAGUGGUCAUGUAUGGAUGUGAGAGUUGGACUCUCAAGAAAGUUGAGUGCCGAAGAGUUGAUGCUUUUGAACUGUGGUGUUGGAGAAGACUCUUGAGAGUCCCUUGGACUGCAAGGAGAUCCAACAAGUCCAUCCUAAAGGAGAUCAGUCCUGGGUAUUCAUUGGAAGGACUGAUGUUGAAGCUGAAAUUCCAAUACUUUGGCCACCUGAUACGAAGAGCUGACUCACUUGAAAAGACCCUGAUGCUAGGAAAGAUUGAGCGCAGGAGGAGAAGGGGACGACGGAGGAUGAGAUGGUUGGAUGGCAUCACCGACUCAAUGGACGUGAGCUUGGGUACACUCUAGGAGUUGGUGAUGGACAGGGAAGCCUGGCAUGCUGCGAUUCAUGGGGUUGCAAAGAGUCCGACAUGACUGAGCGACUGAAAUGAACUGAAAGACUAAACCAGCAGGGAGCAAAGCCAGUAAGCAAUCCUAUUUACAUCAUUUUGUUUUAGUCACUAGGUUGUGUCCCAACUCUUUUGGGACCCCAUGGACUGUAGCCCGCCAGGUUCCUCUGUCCAUGGGAUUUCCCAGGCAAGAAUACUGCAGUGGGUUGCCAUUUCCUUCUCCGGGGGAUCUUUCUGACCCAGGGAUUGAACCCUCCCUGCAUUGGCAGGUGGAUUUUUUUUUUUUUUUUUUUUAACAUACCACUGAGCCAUCAGGGCCCUAAAAAGCUGAGAAACUGGCUUCUGCAAGUAAGGAUAAAGAGGGUAACUAAAAGAAAGGAUUGGCAAUUGCCUUGAGAGUGAAUUAUACCCUUAUGAUACCACCCAUCAACCUAAAAGCCUAACCCUGAAAGCCUUUUUAUUUGGGAGAGAGUAAAACAGAGCGUCCUUGUAUUAGAGGACACCAGGCACUUGGAAUAAAAUUAAGAGAAAAUUUUUAUACUGAAUUCUGAGACCUCCUCCCAAGCUCUGCAGCCCUUUUUUCUCACUUGGUUUUCAAAAAACUUUUCCCACGGACUCAGAACUUCCAAUCAGCUUUUAAAUGUCCCACUUUUAAAUAAUCAAGUAUUAUCACCAGACACCUGUGGAAGCCUCCAACAUGAGAGUCCAAAACCAACAGAAGGAGCAGAGACUGAAAGGGAAGAAAAACUCGAACAAGCUAUCAUUCGUGUCAGAAUUAAAUUAUCCUGGCAGGUAGCAGUAGGAGAAUUAAACUAUCCUGCUGUAGCCACGCAAGGCUGGAUGGGCUUAAGGGAAAAGCUGAACAAGAGCACCUGAAGUAAGAGAGCAAAAGUUAGCGUUUUAAAGAUGCAAAUGUGUCGGGAGCUGUUAUGGGGGGUCCCGCCUGUGACGAGGUCAUGAAGAAAAUACCGGGCAGGCAAGGCCGUCCGGGACCCCAUCCAUGACGAGGUCACGAGGAAAAAACCUGACAGGCAAGGCCGUCUAGGAUAAGGGACCCUCCAGGUUGGCCUCGGGCUCUACCCCACCCUGUAUCCUCCCCCCUUUUUCUGCUGUUGUUCUUGUUUGCCCUGUUGCAGAUUCUUGUGUUGCCUGCCAAGAGCUCUCCUGCUCCUCUUUCACUGAAUGAGGACCAACUUAAAACCCUAAUUAAUAAAUCUUCUGGACGCUGGUACCCUAUGAGAGAUGAAGAAAAUGCUUCAAUUCAAACCCUUUUGCUGGCAUUCUGGCUUGUUUGAUAAAUAUGUGCUCUCAUUGCACAAAAUGCUCUUGAUUGUUCUAAACAUCCUAAGCACAGUACGCUAACAAAAACUAUUAAGCAUAGGCCCCUUCACGGGGUGAAAAAAGCUCCACAAAUAUGAUAGCCACAAAUGUGCCUAACAAAAAACACUUUAGAUAGAGAUUAGCUGGCGACUUCUUGCAGGUGGUUAACUUUUAGACUAAGAGCCUGUUUUGUGCCAUAUCUGCUGUUUCUGCAGUCCUUCGCAUUUCUGUUCUGUAAAAAUGUACUUCUAUCUAGUUCCCAUAAAGAUGACGCUUAUUAGAAAGGAAAUAGAUUAAUUAUAAGAAAAACAGGGUCGGCUACUGAAGUUGCUUAAGCCACACCAGGUGCAAGCCAUAAAAUGUUAGCAGGCCUGAAGGCCAAAUGAUAAGAAAGACUCUUGUGAACGAAAAAGUAUGUGGGUGACGUCCUGUUUCUGUUGAAGGUCAAGUUGCUGUAAAUGUUUUGAGAUGACCUGUGUGUAAGCAAUAUGCACUUCCCCCAAAGAUGUUGUUAAGGGUAUAAAGGAGCCGUGCAAAAAUAAACUUCAGACUUAGCCCCGA